CACGAAAGCACUUUAAUUUUGUCUAUCUUUUUAUAAUUUCUUUUCCAUUUCGAGUUGCCAACCCCUGGUAAGUAAGCAUGCGUAUGCGUUACACUCUGUAACGUUCUCCCUCUCUCUCUCUAACAAUUCCUAGCCGCCAAAUCCGUUUUCUAUUUAUUUAAAAUUUAGAAAAAAAAAGCAUCUUAAGUUUUCUUUUCAAACUAUUAAAUCCAUUACAAAACAUUACAUUACUUCAAUUAUUUAAUCUUGUUUCGGUUGCGUUUUCUUUGAUGUUUUGAUUCUGCAAUUGACAACUUGUCUGAUCUAGCCGGAGUGUGUUGUCAAAAAACAGGGAAAAAAUCUUGCAAUACAACCGGGGUCAACAGGACAACGUAAUUCGCCGCCUUAUCUAUCAAGAAAAAAAAAACACACAAGUCUUUUUAUCAACGACGCAUCACGAGUAACGUACGAUGUAAGUUGCCCUUUGCCAAGUGACUGUACAAAACUAUUGCAAACACCGAACGCUUUCAUUUUAUUUGCCGCUUCCACCGGUUCGUUAUACUGUUUGUAGUCAUUAUCUGUUUUCUCUACUGCUUUGUGUUACGCAUCUGUAUGUCGCUGCUUAAUUUUCUACCGCAUCGUAUUUCUCAGCGACUCACUGCACUCUACUUCACCGUAUCUAGCUUGAGCCUUCAACGCCGACCACGGUCUACACAAACGGACGCAAUGGCGAGCAUGACGGUGACGAAGAUACCGGCACUGAAGGAUAACUUCAUGUACCUGGUAAUGUGUAAUGCAACGCGACAAGCGGCUAUCGUUGAUCCCGUCGAACCGGACCGUGUACUAGAGGUCGUACAGGAGCAAAACUGUAAGCUGAACAAGCUGCUAACGACCCAUCAUCACUGGGACCAUGCUGGUGGUAACGAUGGUCUGUACCAGCGCUUCCGGCAGAACCCGGAUUGGGGUGAGCUGUCUGUAUAUGGUGGAGACGACGAGCGAAUCACACGGUUGACCCAUCCGGUCAAGCAGGACGACACGUUUGAGAUAGGAAACCUGCGAGUACGAUGCCUUUCCACACCGUGCCAUACAAAGUCACACAUAUGCUACUACGUCGAGAGUGACCAGGAGCGGGCCGUUUUUACCGGCGAUACACUUUUCCUCGCCGGCUGUGGUCGUUUCUUCGAGGGCACACCAGAUCAAAUGUACGAAGCUUUGAUCGGUAAGUUGUCCUUGCUGCCGGACGAUACGAAGGUGUACUGUGGGCAUGAGUAUGCACUGCAGAAUCUGCGCUUUGCAAACACGAUCGAACCCAACAACGAGGACAUACGGGUGAUGCUGGAACGGGCUCAGGCCGCCGAUCUGGAAGGACGUCAGGCACUCGUACCAUCCACCAUUGGCUUGGAGAAACGUAUUAACGUAUUUAUGCGUGUCCGUGAACCAUUCUUUACAACGAUAUACGCUACUAGCGAUCCGGUUAAGGUAAUGGAACUACUGCGAUCAGCUAAGGACAAGUUUUAAAAACAGCGCAAGCGCUCGAGAUAUGCACCAGGCGAACAAUAUUUUUCUUUGAGAUACGAGCAAAAUUGUUAAUAUGAGGAAUCACUCCCUGGGUGCCUCCUCAGACGUCCCCAAUAGGUCACGCGGGUCAUGAUCAUGUUUAGGAAAUGUUCAAAUUAUUGAAUUAAAACUGUUCCGGCCGGGUAAGAAGAAAUUGAUCAUUGGCUGAUAAAACAAAUGCCUUUUACCUCCUUAAAAAGAGUAAACUUAUAACAUUUAAAGUCAGCUUUUAAGUUGUAUCAUACAGAAAAGAGAUGGUCAUAAAUCAUUAUAAGAACUUCUAAUCUUAAAUCGGUGUUAGGGGACUAUUUUUUUUUUUUUUUUUGUUAUUGCAGGUAUUGGAUAUGGCAUUUUAAUUUCAAUUCUUAUCUUCGUUACUACUAGAUUAGAUUAUAUGAUAUAAUAUAAAAGGGGCGGCCCGGUGGUGCAUGUGAUAAACGGCGCCAGUCCACACGGCCGGACCGGGUUCAAAUCCCAUCCGGACCGUCCCCCCGUAGCAAGGACUGACUAUCCGGCUACGUGGUAAAAUAAGUCUAGUAAGCCAGAAAUGGCCGGCGUGACCUGUAAGGUCGUUAAGCCAAGAAGAAGAAGAAGAAGAAUAUAAAAGGGGGCAAAUAGUAAUUUUCUCUACAAACAAUUUUAUACGUUUCCAUCUAAAUUCAAUAAUUUGUCUACUUCUCAGGCCAUAUGUGUUUUGAUUCUAUGUUAUACAUUCAAAAUGCAGACAAUAAAGCAAUCAUCAGUAAACCAUCAA